AUGUGGGCCUCCGGGCCUGCUGCGGCGGCGCGGCCGGUCGAGGCCGGGCUCGGUCCGGCCCGCGACGGCUGGCCGCCGACGAGCGCGCUCGCGCUGCUCGUCAAGAUGGCGGCGGUGGCGAUUGCGGCGACAAAAGUUCAGGCGUACAGCGCUCAGGCGUCUGUCGUCUUUCGUCGCAUUUCGCACACCCGCGCGCUCCGCGAGGGCAUGAGCCUUCCGCGAUUCGAUCCCGCAGCCAAAAGCUGCUCGCUCGAACCGCGGCCGACUCUGCCAUCGCGGCCGCAGCUGUUGAGCUCUUCGCAGAAGACUGGCAUUCGUGGCAUCCUAUGGGUCGUCCAGAGUAUCGACCUCUGGCUUGUCAGCCGCCCCACCGAGGGCACCAUGAAGCCCCCCGACCGCGUCGAACUCAUCGGCGCGGGCUCUCUCGAGGCUACGGGACCGGCCCCAGCUUCGGCUGAGGCCUAA